AUGGAUUCGUUUCUUCAUCCUUUGAUGGAUCUAUAUGAAUCAGCCAGUCUCUGGAGCUUGAUAGUACUAGAGUUAUCGGUGUUUGCUCUUUGUCUCCAUUACGUGUUACCACAAAAGCAUCGCCAAGCCAGAACCGUAAAAUUGUCAGCACCUCCACAGCUGGUAUGGAAUACCAUUCUUGAUAUCCAGCGCUAUCCUUCUUGGCGAUCACAUGUGGUGGGUGUCCAGUCUCUGGAUGGCCUUCAUUUUUUGGAAUACGUCGCAAGGACUCGACAACAACUUGUUCAAAAGCAUAUUGGUGUCGUUGAUAAUCUCUCCACCACCACCACAGCCACAGGCACCACCACCACAGGCCAAUUCAAAACACGCGUACGAGCUAUUGAAAUGACCAAAAUCAAUGACAACACCCUUAUCCGAGUGGAUCGAGCCACACGUCACAACAAGUAUUUAUCAUCCAUUACAUCCGCUUCUAGCGUCAAGUUGGGACCACGGUCAUCAUUUGAGCGCGAAUGGGAGAUUUACAUUCGUCUAAGUAGCACAGGACAACAUACGCUAUUGACUUUGACAGAGACUGUAAGAAGUGAAGGAUACCUUGCACGAUGGCUUGGUCCCAUUCUUGGCGUUCAUCGCGUAUCACAGCGCUUUUUGACGGAUUUGAUGCAUGAAGUCGAUCGCUUACAAAAACAACGCGUAUUACAACAACAGCAAAAUCUUUGCGAAUCACCGAUAGCACUCGACAAGAAUGAUUGGAAAUGCGGGGUAGCUGCAUGA